AUGCCUUACUUCAAGUCUAGCCAGGAAUGGCUCGAGCAGUCUACACUCCUACUCGAAGCUAGACCUUCCACCACUCGCAUUACGACGAAAUACUCCAUACAGCCCGUCAAACCACGGAAAACAAAAUCAGACAUCGCAGACGGCGAUACUGCCAUAGCCGAUGCAUCAAAACCUCCACGAGGUAGCCUCGUCAUCAAGACGUAUGAUCCCGUUAGUGGCGUCACGCUCAAGUACCGUACUACCAAGGCCGCAGAGGUUUCUCGUUUGGUGUACUCGUCCCUGGGUCGACUGGGUCGGGGCAUGGCUGCCAUGCCUUUGGAUGUGCCGGAGGAGGCGAUGCCCGAUGCGCCAGGCGUUGCGACUGAGGGUGGUGAUGGGGAGAACAAGGGAAGCGGUGCUGCUACGCCUGCGUCACAACAACAAGCACAGGGUCAACAAGCACAACAAGGAGGUGGCAAGAAGAAGAAGAAGGGUAGGAAAUAA